GGGCCGGGCCCCCAGCCCCGUCAUGGCGUCGGCCUAGGCGCUUCCCCCUGCCGCUCUGCUCCGCUCCCUGUCGGCCCGCCGCGCUCUGGCCCUUGUCGUUCGCUGCUGCCAGAUGAUUAAUUAAAGAUGUUGUUAUCCAUUGGGAUGUUAAUGUUGUCAGCGACCCAGAUCUACACAAUUUUGACAGUUCAGCUGUUUGCGUUCUUUAAUCUCUUACCUGUGGAGGCAGACAUUUUAGCGUAUAAUUUUGAAAAUGCGACCCAAACGUUUGAUGACCUCCCAGCAAGAUUUGGUUAUAGACUUCCAACUGAAGGCUUAAAGGGCUUCCUAAUAAAUUCAAAACCCGAAAAUGCCUGUGAACCCAUAGCACCUCCACCACUGAAAGACAAUUCGUCGAGCGCGUUCAUUGUGCUUAUCAGAAGACUCGACUGUAAUUUUGACAUUAAGGUUCUGAACGCACAGAAAGCUGGAUACAAAGCCGCCAUCGUUCACAAUGUUGACUCGGACGACCUAAUUAGCAUGGGAUCCAACGACAUUGAUGUUUUGAAGAAGAUUGAUAUCCCAUCUGUCUUUAUUGGAGAGGCAUCAGCGAAUUCCCUUAAAGAUGAAUUCACUUAUGAAAAAGGGGGGCACAUCGUAUUAGUCCCGGAAUUCAGCCUUCCCCUGGAGUACUAUCUAAUUCCCUUCCUCAUUAUAGUGGGCAUCUGUCUCAUCUUGAUUGUCAUUUUCAUGAUCACAAAAUUUGUUCAGGAUAGACAUAGAGCCAGAAGAAAUCGGCUUCGUAAAGAUCAACUGAAGAAACUCCCCAUACAUAAAUUUAAGAAAGGAGAUGAGUAUGACAUCUGUGCCAUUUGUCUGGAUGAAUAUGAAGAUGGAGACAAGCUCAGAAUUCUUCCCUGCUCCCACGCUUACCACUGCAAGUGUGUCGAUCCCUGGCUGACCAAAACGAAAAAAACCUGCCCCGUGUGUAAACAGAAAGUCGUGCCUUCUCAAGGAGAUUCAGACUCGGAAACAGACAGCAGCCAGGAGGAGAACGAGGUGUCGGAACACACCCCCUUGCUUCGACCGGUGGCUUCCGUGAGCACUCAGUCCUUUGGAGCGCUUUCAGAGUCCCACUCCCAUCAGAACAUGACGGAGUCUUCAGACUACGAGGAGGACGACGACGACAACGAGGACCUGGACAGCAGCGACGCGGAGAACGAAGUGAACGAAGAGAGCGUGGUCGUCCAGCUGCAGCCCGGGGACCGAAGGGAUUACGACGGGGCGAAUACAGUUUGAGCGGCCAACCCGUUGACGUUCUUCACCUCGAACGGACGGAAGCUUAAUCAGCCUAGCCUUUGCGUACGCCUGUGUAGGGAUGACUUCCAUUUUCUGACGCCUCCUCCGUUUCUCUCAGUAGAAGACUUAUUCUGUGGUUUAAUCAGAAAUGUUUUAAUCCUGCCUUUGUCUGUCCGGGGGGGGGACACGCACUUCACGUCACUAACGCCGCUGUAAGGGUGUCACAAAAGAAAGGUGCCGCACCGUGAGCGUCAGUCUUUGAGAGAGGGAUAGGGUGAGAAAAUAUCCUGACGGGAACCUGUAGAUAAGCUAGAUUCUAUCGUUCCACGCAGAAAAACCAAUGCUGCUAUCAGCAUGCAUGUCCCGGUCCCCGCUCCCAGGAAAAAAAGAAAUCUCCGGUUGUUUAGGAUGACCAUUUUGUUCUUGGAUUUUCCCCAACUGCCCUUGCCAGGUUGACAGGCAGUUCAGUAUUUUUCUUGUAUUUAUUCCUCACAGAGAAGUAGAUACCUUAGAGCAGUCACUCACCUCUUUCCCACGUAGUCUAUUAUUCUGGCCGCACAAGAAGCUCGAGGUAGUGUGGCGGGGGGGGAAGACUUUCAGAUAGCUACUUUUAGGGUGGUUCUACCAACGUGUAUAAUGCUGUGUAUUAAUUUGACGCAGAAGCUAGACUAAUAUAUCCCUGCAGUUUAACUGAAUUGACUUUGGACCUGUACCACAAGGGUCGUGUGGAUGUCUGACCAAAGCAGAAAGACAAGCAAGACCGCAUAGAAACACUGAACUGAAUCUUAAGCAAGUGUUCUGUUGAUCCUCUGAUCAGAUACCUCUUAAAAGAGCAUCUUAUGCUACAUUAGUCUGCUAAACUAUGUAUAUAGAGAAAUUGUUCUUUUCAAGUAUUUGAUUUGAAAAUGAGUACUUAUAAAUACUUUACAGGACUCAUGAUGUACUUACUGUAUUAUGAAAAGCUAAAUUACACAUGCCAUUGUAACUAUGUAGAAAGCAAUUCGACUUAUGUAGAAUCAAAGCGCAGAGAAUUUUUAUAUGGCCUUGUAUGCGGGGAGUUUGAAUGUUAAUAAACACACGUUUUUCCACUUUAAGACCUAAAAA